CGCCACCGCUGCACUUCGUGGUUACAAAACCAAACAUGGUCUCAUCAAAGAUCCUUUCAUCGUGUCGACCAUCAUACGCUUGAUUGCGAAAUUUGAGUCCACUGGAUCUGUAUUGGAUUUUCCUGGCAAAGGGAGAAAGUCUCUGAGUGAUGAAGGAGCGCCCAUUGUACAGAAUGCCGUCGAGCAUCUUCAGUCCCAGAGCACCAUGGCAUCUUCUGUCUCCUGCGUCUCUUUUUCUUUGAUGCUACGGUUUCCGGCGACAGUUACCUCCAUAUGCUGCAGACGCAUGUUAUCCCGCAACUCAAGCCGCACAAGAAGUCAUCGACCGCCUUUCAACAAGAUGGCGCUCCACUACUCAGACCAAGUGAGAACUUACCUCCAAGAGCAAUUUUCUGAUGAGAGAGUCAUUGCUCGUGGAUUUUCAAACUUUUGGCCCGCCAGGUCACCCGAUCUUACACCCCUGGAUUUUUGGUUUUGGGGAAUGAUCAAGGCUCGUUUAUAUCAUGAAAAUAAACCGAAGAAUUUGGUGGAGUUAAGCGCAAGAAUUAAAGAGGAGUGUGCACGAGUGACGCUUGAAGAAGUUAAACAUGCUGUGUCUCACAUCUCAUACCGCCUUCAACUUGUUAUAGAAGAAAGGAGCGGUUUCUUUUA